GCAGCGCCCGGCUCCGCUGGGUGCAGUGACAGCGCCCCCCGGCCGCGCCGGCCCCCGCCUGCCUCCCGCCGCCUCCCGCCGCCUGCGAUGCUCAGUCAUGAAACGCGUACGCACAGAGCAGAUUCAGAUGGCAGUGUCCUGCUACCUCAAGCGCCGUCAGUAUGUGGACUCGGAAGGUCCCCUAAAACAAGGGCUGAGGCUGUGUCAGACUGCUGAAGAGAUGGCAGCUAAUCUCACAGUCCAAUCUGAGUCUGGUUGUGCCAACGUCGUGUCUGCAGCUCCCUGCCUGGCGGAGCCCCAGCAAUAUGAAGUACAGUUUGGACGAUUACGCAAUUUUCUGACAGAUUCGGAUUCUCAGCACAGCCAUGAAGUGAUGCCUCUUCUAUAUCCCCUCUUCGUCUACCUCCAUCUGAACAUGGUCCAGAAUGGCCUAAAAAGCACAGUGGACAGUUUUUACAGCCGCUUCCAUGGCAUGUUCUUGCAGAAUGCCAGCCAGAAGGAUAUCAUUGAACAGUUGCAGACUACCAUGACUAUUCAAGAUAUCCUGUCCAACUUGAAGCUCCGGGCUUUUCUGGACAACAAAUAUGUCAUCCGCCUUCAAGAGGACAGCUACAACUACCUUCUUCGCUACCUCCAAAGUGACAACAACAACGCCCUGUGCAAAGUCCUGACCUUGCACAUUCACCUGGAUGUGCAGCCUGCCAAGAGGACUGACUACCAGCUCUAUGCCGGCGGGAGCUCCUCACGCAGCGAGAGCAACGGCCUGGAACCCAGCGACGUGCCAGCUUCCAUUCUGCAGAAUGAGGCAGCGCUGGAUUUACUGCAGGACAGCAUUAAACGUGUCAAGGACGGGCCCCCUUCCUUAACCACCAUCUGUUUCUAUGCCUUCUAUAACACAGAGCAGUUGCUGAACACUGCAGAGAUUUCACCAAAUAGCAAGCUGCUCGCUGCUGGGUUCGAUAAUUCAUGUGUGAAGCUGUGGAGCCUGCGCUCCCGGAAGUUGAAAUCUGAGCCCCACCUUGUUGAUGUGUCCCGCAUCCAUUUGGCUUGUGACAUCCUGGAUGAGGAGGAGGAAGAGGAUGACAAUGCAGGCACAGAAAUGAAGAUCCUGAGAGGACACUGUGGACCUGUGUAUAGCACAAGGUUCCUUUCAGACAGUUCAGGACUCUUAUCUUGUUCUGAGGACAUGUCCAUCAGGUACUGGGACCUCGGAAGCUUUACAAACACUGUGUUGUACCAAGGACAUGCCUAUCCUGUCUGGGAUUUGGAUAUUAGCCCCUGCAGCCUGUACUUUGCCAGCGGUUCCCAUGAUCGCACCGCCCGGCUCUGGUCGUUUGAUCGGACGUACCCGCUGCGAAUAUACGCGGGCCAUUUGGCGGAUGUGGACUGCAUCAAGUUCCACCCCAAUUCCAACUACUUAGCCACGGGCUCCACGGACAAAACCGUGCGCCUGUGGAGCACCCAGCAGGGCAACUCAGUGCGGCUUUUCACUGGGCACCGGGGCCCCGUGCUGGCACUCGCCUUUUCCCCCAACGGUAAGUACCUGGCAUCGGCAGGUGAAGACCAGCGGCUGAAGCUGUGGGACUUGGCAUCAGGAACUCUUUACAAAGAACUGAGGGGGCACACAGACAACAUAACCAGCCUUACUUUUAGCCCUGACAGUAGUUUAAUUGCUUCGGCGUCAAUGGACAAUUCAGUUCGGGUCUGGGACAUUCGGAACACGUACUGCAACGCCCCUGCGGAUGGGUCUUCCAGUGAACUGGUUGGUGUAUAUACCGGACAGAUGAAUAAUGUACUGAGCGUACAGUUUAUGGCCUGUAAUCUUCUUCUAGUGACUGGAAUUGCACAAGAAAAUCAGGAACAUUAAUUUUGCUUUUUGUCUUAGGGAAGUGGGUGGGUGUCUUGUAUGCCAGAGUCCAUUGCAAACUGAGAUUACUGACUGUGAAACACUUCUCUUCCUCUGCCCCCUUGAAAGGCUUGUUCAGGGUGAUGCAAAUGCUUUAAGAUGUCACAAAAAUGCCUGUGCUGUUGAACAAAAUAAGGAAAAAAAGGAGGAUUGAUGAAAAUACAUACACAUUCUAAUUUUGUACUUUUAGGAAUGGGAAAAAGGGGAGUAAAUCCAGUAACUUGAGGAAACUGAAAGCCUGGCCCAGACAAGUGAAACUGCCAACCAGAUAAGCUGGUGACCUGCACUUAAAUAUCCUUCAUUGAUUGAUGGGCACAUCUUAUCUACUGUUAAUUUGGCUUGAGUGUGUGGAGAACUACUGGCCCAGUGGUUUUUGUUUUGUUUUGCUUUUGCUUUCCUGGUAUUGCAGAGGACCAGCAUUUUUAAGACCCUUCUAUUAAAAGAACAUUAUGUAUUUUCUACAGUGAUAGUAGUCCUAAAUAUUUCAGCUCCCUAUAGCACUUCCAGAAUAUUUUGGACUAAAUAAGUAGAAAAUACCCUUGUUCUUUUUCAGUAAGGGCAAGGAAAUCUGACCUCAGUUGGGGCCCAUCUCUGCAUUGUUGUUUGGGUUUGGUUCCUGGUACUAGCUGUGAUUAUGUGUAUUUAUGUUCCAUUAAUUAGGAAAUUUUCUGACUCUGGUUGCACUGUGUUUUGAGGGUGGGAGGACAGUGGGGACAGAGUGGUGGCUUUAAGAAUAAUGAACAACUUGCCUUGUCUGGAGGGAGGGCACCAUAGAAUGGAAACAGCCAAGUUUGGACUCCUAAUGGAAACAGGGCAUGGCAACCCACCACUGCACCUCACAGAAAGAUUUCCAUAAAUGGAAGUUGGUAGUCUAGGGAGAGGGGGAUGAGGAGAAACACACAAAAUGACAUGGGAAAAAAUAGUAUUACUAAAUUAUUGUGUGUACACAGAGGCAGCUCUGCCAGUGUUGGAUUUUUCUCAAAUGUUGCAAUACCGGUUUCAUGAACAUUUUGUGAGAUAAAUCAUCAGCAUUUACAAGGAUCUGCAGAAAAAGCACGUUCUAGUUUGUCAUUUGGAGAGAUUAAAUAUUUCUGCUUUCUGGAAAGAGUUAUUUUGUAUUUUGUUUUCUAUUAAAAGCAUUUAGUUUAAAAAGAAAAA